UGACGUUCCACAUGUACUAGUCAUCCAUAUAAUAUAUGCAAACUGAGUAGCUUGGAAAAUGUAAAGUCUUCCAGGAGCGUCAAUAGCAAACGAACAAGCUAGCUAGCACUAGCUACCUAGUUAGCAUAGUAGCUAAUGAGUGGAUAGCUCUGUUUUGGUACGUUGUUGAGCGGGUAGCGUGAACGGACAGAAAGAUGAUGGAGGAUUUUUCUGGACUGGCUUUGCCCCCUCUUUUUGGGGGCCACAUUCUUGAAGCAGAGUUGGAACCCGGUGGCGUUGAGUUAGGUCCUGGGGAGGUAGAGCUGGGCCCAGGAGGCAAUGAACUGCUUGAAGGUGGGGCGUCGAGACCUGGGCAGGAGGAGGAGGAAGAGAGGAAAGAACUCAAUAAAAGAAAAUGUCUGGCGCUGAGCAGGUGGUGUAAAGAAGUCGAACAGGUGAAUGAGAAACUGCUGGGUCGGCUUCACCAGGUUCAAGCUCUAACGCGCCGCAUGAAGAAAGAGAGAAGGUUUCUAAUGAAGACACUGGAUGCCCAUGGCGAUGACUACAGACAUUCUCAUCUCACGAUAGUGCUUGAGGAUGAGUCUAGUUCCCAUUUAGACUCUUUGGCUACAGCCGAAGAUGAGAGGUUGAAUGGCAUUCCUGGCUCUUCGCCGCCCCUUGUGGCUCUCCAACAAACAGGACCCAAAAAGAAAAGGCAUCGAGUCCCAAAACUGGAGAGGGAAAGAGACCCACAGACUGAAGCAGAUAUGUCCCAGUUGGCCGAGGCACAGUUUGGUGAAUUUCCCAGCCCAACUUCUCUGUCUCACUGACCAAGGUCAUAGCCAACUGUCAGGACAUGUGGUGCAGAAAUCAGAUGCUUGGACUGUCAGCUGAAUGGACAUGGUGUCGAGGACACAAACUGUGGUUUGAGUUUAUACUCCUGGGCGUUCCCUUCGUUUGGAAACCUUCCCUGGUUCUGUUCAGGAUUUCAGUGUUAUGCUCUUCUUGAUUUAUAACUCUUCUUGCAGCAGUCCAGAGGAGUCUGUAAAGCCUGAAUGCACACUGUUGGUUACUGGUCUAAAGAUCUUAUGGUCAAAGUUGUAAUGACUGAUGUAGUGAGAUUUAUGCAGAUGUGUUGAAUGUUGAAGACUAUAUGGGGAUUUC